AUGUCCGAGCUGAGGGGCCCUGCCACAAUCGGCAGGGCCGCGGCAUGCCGCUCAUUCAGCACACGACUUUCGCUGCGACGCCCGGAAACAAGCAGUGUAGCUCAAGCACAGGGAAACGGCUCAGCUGAAACGAAAACCGGAUCCGCGGAGCAUACAGCAGUACCGAGAACGAAAGCGCAAAACCGCAUGCUACGCAAGUUGAAACGCAUCGAAGAAGGCAAAUUCGCCGCAUCAGCAUCAGAAAGAAGUAGACACGCCAAUGCUUUCAGAUCAAAUACGCAGGCGCCUCUGGCUGUUGCUGGAGCUCAAGACAAUGCUGCAUCCGCGCUCGAGGAAUACUCCCUACGGACUCAAGAGACGGAGUCGCAAAUGAAAAAUGUGAUUGAGAAGAUCGGCCAGUUGGAAGGACCUUCGGUCGUCAAGCAGCAAGCCAAAAGGAAGCAACGUCUGGUUGAGAAAAUUUCAGAGAAAAGAAAAAGACGGCAAAGAGAAAAGGUGAAAGAACUCUUGGAAGAGGCGCAAGAAAAGAAGGAGGAGGAAAAGAAGAAGAAGCUGCAAUUUAUCAAAUCAAAUGAGCGAUGGAAAGUGGAGAAGCAUGCGCUUCAGAAGAAAUUUGGUGAGACUAGUUGGCAACCACGGAAACGACUAUCACCCGACUCGCUAGAGGGUAUUCGAGCGCUACAUUCCUCAGACCCAGCCACAUACACAACAGCAGUCCUCGCUGCCAAUUUCGAAGUUUCGCCCGAGAGUAUUCGCCGCAUUCUUAAGAGCAAAUGGAAGCCAAGUGAGGAGCAGCGAGCGGCGCGGAUGGCAAGAUGGGAGAAGCGAGGCGUCAAGAAAUGGGAAGAAAUGGCGAAGCAGGGCAUGAAGCCUCCUAAGAAGUGGAGAGUGAUGGGUGUGUCGAAUCCCAAAGUCGUGGCGAAAAAGCGAUGGCAGGAUAAAACACAAGGACCUACUCCGACCAGGCAAAAGCAGAGAAAGCGUGCUGCCACAGAAAAUGAUCGCGACUGGAGAACACAGCUGAAAAACGCUGAAAGCCCUCAAGAUAUCAUGAAUCUUGCAGAGAGGAUUAUGUAAAGCAUGAGGAUCCAUAUGCACGUUGAGCGGACCGCCUUCCAAGCAGAGCAUCUGGCACGGGUACGAUGGUUACUUUCAAUUCUUAAAGGCAAAGAUGUUUGGAGUGGAAGUAUGUUGAAAAUGUGUUAUCAUACGGGCUUUGCUACUCCAUCCGUUCCCGGAAGGAUUUCUAUAG